AAAGAUGUCAUUAUCUAGGACCUAUAAUUAGACCUAGGAACACAGACCAUCUACACGGAAGACAUAGAUACAAGAUACGUUUAUAGUGAGCUCAUCAAACAUUUAAGUAACUUAAACCAUUAACAAAAAGAGUAGCCAUGGAGAUCCACAAGGAUGAGGACAGAGAAGGGGAAGCGAUACUCAGUAAAUAUUAUGAUGGGAUAAAGUUUCCAGCAAACGUUCCCGGAAAUGUGAAAGACCAUUUAGAGUCAGUAAGGAACCUGAAAGAUAUGGAGGGCGAUUUACUGCUCGACAGUUUCCCAAAAUCUGGGACUCACUGGACCUUCGACAUUUUGUAUAUGUUGCAAAAUGGAAAAGCAGAGUACAGUACUGGCAUGAUUCUGGCUUUGGACUUUGAACCAAUCGAAAAGAUUGACGCGUUAAACAGUCCUAGGAUUCUGACGACACAUUUGUAUCCGCAACACAUUCCGAAGUUCGUGAAAGACGGAAAAUGUAAGGUUAUUUACAUCUAUCGUAAUCCGAAAGAUACAGCGGUAUCCAUGCAUUCUUUCUUGAGGCGACUGAACAUGGAGGUAUUCAAAAACUAUAACGGCAAAUGGGAGAACUUCUUCGAAUUAUAUGCGACACAGCAAUUACAUUACAAUACCUGGUUCGAGCACGUUCAGUCAUGGUUGGAUUUCAAAAAGAAAAACCCGGACUUACCUAUCUUGAUGAUGUCGUACGAGGACAUGAAAAAGGACCUUAGAAGCUGUGUUCAAAUGAUGGCACAACACAUAGGAGCGAAACAAGACCCGGAAUUCCUUGACGAAGUGACGAGUAAAUGUCAGUUUAACGUGAUGUCGAAAGCAAAGAAUUCAAAUAACGAAGAGUCCCAAAUAAGCAGAGAUGGCACCAAUCCUUUUUAUAGAAAAGGUGACGUUGGUGACUGGAAAAACAGGCUAACUGUGGCACAGAACGAGAUGUAUGAUGCGGUAAUUAAGGAAAAGAUGGCUGAAAUUGACCUAGAAAUGAAAUAUACCUUAUGAUUGAUAUUGCAUGGCUGGAUCAGGAUAAAAUUAAGUUUUCAGAAAAUCGCCAGUAUUUGUAAUUCAACGACGUAAAAGUAUGAUUGCAGAAUAUGCUUUGUAUCAUUAGCUAUAUAUACACUCAAGUUUAUAUUUACUUUGAUAUCCGUAAUUUGUUGCAGACAACACUAUUUUCUAGCGAAAUAUUAUUUAUUUUAUGAACCGAUAUUUGAUGAAUAGGUGGCAAAAUUUCAGGACGAAUAUGUCACUCAGUUUCUUUUACACGAACUAUUUUACUUUGAAACAAAACCAACACCAUAAUUUAUUGUAUCAAACAACAUGUUCGUUCGAUACAUAAUAGAGGCCGCUAUAGGGUUGACAUAGAUAAUCUUGGUUGAAUCCGAAGUGCGUGGUUUAAAGUUCUCGUCCCAUUCGGUUUAUGUAUCUAUGAAAGCUAGUGCUGUCAAGGAUGUGUUCUGUAGUAGGUUGCCCUAAUUGACCUGGAUGACAUGGGUCAGCUGUCCCGUAUUUCGUUUAGUGAGGAACGGCAAGAUAUUAACCUCCUAACACCGACCGUGACUGUUCACGGAGAUAUAAACCAAACAAAAAUUAUCAUUACAUCAUCAAGUCGUGUUGUUUAAUUAGUCGGUGUAAUGAAUGAACCAUUUAUGCAUAAAAUCAAUAUAAUUUAAUUGUUCCAAAAUAAGUUUACUGUAUAAAAAAGACCGUCGGGAUGUUACUAAUAUACCAGUAUAUGGUAUUCCUACAUGUAUGUCAUAUAUAAAUAAAGAUGUACUGAACAAAAA